AUGGUUCUGACAUCCGACCUCAGAGUGGUUCUGGUGGGUCAGGAAAGAGUCGGGAAGAGCUCAGCAGGAAACACCAUCCUGAGAAAUAAGGAGUUUAACUCUGAAGACGGUCUCAAGCUGCUGACUCUGAGCAGUAAGAAGGCAGAAAGUGAAGUUUUGUCUCGUAGAGUCUCUGUGGUGGACACGCCCGGACUCUGCAGCUCUGUUCUUAAACCAGAAGAAGUGAAAGCUGAGAUCCAGAGAGCUGUGGAGCUGAGCUCUCCUGGUCCUCAUGUUUUUCUGCUCACCAUCAAGCUGGGAAGAUUCACUGAACAGGAGAAGAGAGGAUUGGAGAUGCUGCAGGAGAUUCUGGGUCCAGAGGUUUCCAAGAACACAAUGAUUCUGUUCACCCACCGAGACCGACUGGAACAAACAGGCAUCGAUAUUCAUCAGUUUGUAAAAAGAGAUGAAAACUUGCAGAAACUGGUUAGGAGCUGCAGUGGGAUGUAUCAUGUGUUCAACAACAAGAAGAUGGAAGACAGGAAGCAGGUCCAGGAUCUGCUGGAAAAAAUAGAUUCAAUCUCAGACAGAGGACGUCGUUAUUAUCAGAGGCAGAGUUCUCAGAUCACUUUCUUUAGAUGGGCUCAGUUAUUGUGGUCAGACUGGAGAUUCAAACUGGGAGUUUGCUUCCUGUGCUGUUGGAUAUUGAGCGACAUAUUGAGUCGGUUGAGAAAAGAAGAGAUGAAGUAA